AUGUGUCCUGCCCCAGGGAGGCUCAAGGUAAGCUGCGAGGUAAGAGAGCGGAACUGGAAGCGGCCCACCGGUGCGCAUCGCUGGGUCUGCGCGCGCCUGAGCGGGGGGAACGGGGAUGGAGCGGGUAUAGAAGGAUGGCUGCUGCGCACACCUGGCGGGUUCUGCGGCUUCUUGGUACAGAGACUGCUGCAGGUGCUGACGGCCCUAUCCGCCUUCCCAGGCAUGAUGUCCCCGAAGAUCGAGGCUGUGGUUAGGAAGAAGUACCGGAUGGCAGAAUGCCCAGUGUGGGAGGAAGAGACGGGACAGCUCAUGUACGUGGAUAUCAAUGCGCAGAGCGUGUGCCGGUGGGAUCCGCUCAGCAACGCUGUGCAGACCGUGGGCCUGAGAGACCGUGUGGGCUGCAUGGCUCUUCACCGGAGUGGAAGCUAUGUGGUGGCUGUCGGCACAUCCCUUGGCCUUCUGGACUGGCCCACAGGACAGGUGCAGUGGUUGGCCCAGGUGGACAGGGACAAACCAAACAACAGGUUCAAUGACGGCAAAGUGGACCCCGCCGGGCGGUUUGUGGCAGGUACCAUGCCUGAACCAUCAAGCCCGGGUGUGUGGAGCCAUGGCCAGGGCUCCGUGUACACUCUCUACGCAGACGGCUCGGUGAUGCGGCACCUGGACGGACUGGGCAUCUCCAAUGGGCUGGACUGGUCCAUGGACCACCGUACCUUCUACCACGUGGACAGUCUGGGGUACACAGUGCAGGCCUACGACUAUGACUUGAUGACUGGAAACAUUGGACCGCACCAGCCCUGCAGCCGUCUGCGGCGGCUGUUAGAGCAGAGCCGCGGUCGUCCCUCCCUCCGGGCCCGCACGUGGGUGUCGGGCCGCCAAUCCGGUCGGACGUGGAGUUUAGGAAGCGCCGGGCCCGCAGAGCUGCGAGGGGACUGCACGGGGUACCCCGCGGGUUGUCAGAGGACCGCCGGCCAAGGCGGAAGGAUGUUCCAGAUGGGCGUGAACGCUGCCCGGGAUGUGGGAGUGGCGGCCGGGUGCAUCCUAGCGUGCGGGGACAGGGACAGGACUAGACCAGGCACAGGGCAGGGAAUGUGCACAGCCUGCCGGGCGCGCGCAGUCACGGGCGGGUCACCCCAAAGCUAUGUGCUGAAUGUGCUGCGCAGUAGGCUGGGCGGCCGGGCGCGCGAGACCGGGACAGGGACACCCCACGGACACAGAGAGCUUCCCGGAAUCACGGGUGUCUCGCUGCGGCGUGGUUUUGGCAAGUGA